CGUGCGUGCGCCUGUGCGUAAUCGCAUGGUUUUUCCGUCGUAUGUGCGAUUGCCUGGUGUGGAGAGUUUAAUAUUUUGAUCGAUUUGUGGAUAUUUCGGAAGACACGACAUUGUCGCAUUUGCUGAUACUGCAAUUUUACAGAGAAUCGCCGCUUUUCCUUGGAUUAAUUUGUCUCUGGAAGUUUAGUUUGCGAGGCUGUCGCGCUGCUUUUUGUUAAAUCAGUAAUUAUUUUUAAAAUAACGGCGCUCAAUGCCUUCAUUAAUUCUGCCGUGCUGUUGUAAAAAUAUUGUGUUUUAACAAAAAUUCGUUGUUGAUUAAUUUUAUAUAUUGUAAUUGGACCUACAUUCUCGAUUACAAAUUCGCAAAUUAAUUUUAACGGCGUUCAAAUUUCUUGCGUUUCAUGAGUCUUGUGCAUUAUUUCUAUGUGAGGGACAAUUUCUUCAACAAUGAGUUGUCAACGGAAUUCUAGUAGAAUUACAGCACCAGAUGAAUUAAGAGACAUUCUUUUAGAAUUCACUGUUAGUUACCUUCUUGAACAACCAGGAGAUAUCAUUGAUUAUGCUGUAGAUUUCUUUACACGCCUUAAGGAGAAUCGACAAAAUCAAAUAAUUCAGUCAAGCGGACAAACGUGUACUUCAACGCCAGAUGAAUCUGUCGAAGAAGAACCUCCAAUUUGUAAGUUCGCCUCCAGGAGAAAGAGCGUUUUCACAGAGACUUAUAAUCCAGAAGAGGAUGAAGAAGAUGAAGGAAUUAAGGUUGUCCAGCCAAAGAGCGAUGAGCAACGACAACGGCUCAGUGAGAGCGUUCGAAGUAUUUUCCUUUUCCGUUCCCUAGAUAAGGAACAAAUGGCGGGUGUGCUAGAUGCAAUGUUCGAGAAGACUGUUCAAGCUGGAGAAUUUAUUAUACGGCAAGGUGACGACGGAGAUAAUUUUUACGUCAUUGAGAAAGGUAAAUACGAGGUGUACGUCAAAGACGUGAUGAUUCAUACUUACGACAACAGCGGUGCUUUUGGCGAGUUGGCGCUUUUAUAUAAUGUACCCAGGGCUGCUACUGUUAAGGCUAUCAGUCCUGGUACAUUAUGGGCCAUGGGUAGACAAACAUUUCGGCGCAUACUCUUAAAGUCUGCUUACAAGAAACGCAAAAUGUACGAGGAUCUCAUUAACAAGGUCCCAAUGCUCAAGUCGCUUGAGACUUACGAGCGAAUGAAUUUAGCUGAUGCCCUUGUUCCUAAGCACUUCUGUGAUGGAGAUCAAAUUAUUAAGCAGGGUGAUAUAGCUGAUGGCAUGUAUUUUGUUGAACAAGGUUUAGUCAGAAUUACCAUCCUUGGUGAAAAUGAGAGAGAAGUUGAAGUAAAUCGUAUACCAGCUGGUGGUUAUUUGGGUGAGCUGGCACUUGUUACACAUAAGCCUCGAGCGGCUUCUGCAUAUGCUGUUGGAGUUGUAAAAUUAGCUUUCUUGGACGUUGAAGCAUUCGAGCGUCUACUAGGCCCGUGUAUGGAACUCAUGAAGCGCAAUAUAGAAGAUUACGAAGAUCAACUAAUUAAAAUUUUUGGCAGCAAAUCUGAAAUAUCUGAUAUUCGAUGAAUCUAGUGCUCGUAUUAUGACUCAUAUAAUCGCUCUAUCAAAACAAUAAGAUUCCAUAGCGAAACACAAACUCUUACUGUCCGUUUGUGAAACUUCAUCCAUAUACUUUUCAAGUCUUUUUAUGAUGAAGCUCGUAUGACUGUCCUCUAGGCAUUGUAUCAUUCGAUCAUUAGUAG